UAGCGGAGCGGCGUUCAAGUUUAUAUACCAACUUUAAAAAGUCACAUAAUAGUGACAUUUAAGUUAGAGUUAAGUGACAUAUAGUGUUCCAUAUUCAAGAUGGCGUUCAGAUGCGUGGGUGUAGUACUUUUAUGUUUAGUAGUAUUAGCAUCAUCAGCAGUACCAAAGAACUCGCGGAAGAAGCCGGCCAACCCCCCCGCUCGGGUGGCCCAGGAUGCUGAACGCGACGCCGAGAUCACCAACUCCUGUCCUGAUGAUGGCUUCUUCGCAGACGCCGAGCAGUGCGACAAGUACUAUGAAUGCAGAGACGGCGAGAUCAUCGAGAAGCUGUGUCCAGACGGCAUGGUUUUCAACGACUACAGCCCGAUGGAGGAGAAAUGUGACUUGCCCUUCAAUAUUGACUGCUCUCAAAGGCCCAAAUAUCAGACUCCAAUUCCAACUCUUCACUGCCCCCGUCUGAACGGCUACUUCUCCCACGAGGACCCGUCCGAGUGCGGCAAGUUCUACUACUGCGUGGACGGCAAGUUCAACAUGAUCACCUGCCCCGACGGCCUGGUCUACAACGAGAAGACCGGCAUCUGCACGUGGCCCGACGAGGCCAAGAAGAAGGGAUGUGCUGCUUCUGACGUGUUCAAAUUCGACUGCCCCGCCGUGAACGAGACGUUUGGUCUCACCCACCCCCGCUACGCCGAUCCCGAAGACUGCCAGUUCUUCUACGUGUGCAUCAAUGGGAACACUCCUCGCCGCUCGGGAUGCAAGCUCGGACAAGCGUUCGAUGACGUCAACAAGCGGUGCGAGUGGGCGAGGAAGGUGCCUGAGUGCGCUGAUUGGUACAAGGGCCAGCUGACAGACGCUGAGCUGGACGCUCUGGAGAACCCCCCGACUCUAAAACCCAAGGUAUCCAGCAGCUCACAGCCUUCGCGCAGAAAGCCACAGCGCCCAGGGAAAGGGAAGUCAGCUCCUGUGGUCGACGAAGAGUAGAUUUAUGUAGUUAGUGUAAUAAAAUUGUUUUAAGUCA